UAAAACCCCUGUAAAAGGUUCUCAUCACACUGACCUGGUACUCCUCACACCACUUAACAGCCACUUGUCUCAUCCCACCUGGGCCUUAGGUUGACUUCAAAGAUGCCUCAGUUACUGCGAAACAUUAAUGGUAUCAUCGACGCCUUCAGGCGCUACGCAAGGACGGAGGGCACCUGCACAGCCCUCACCAGAGGGGAGCUGAAAAGACUCUUGGAGCAGGAGUUUGCCGAUGUGAUUGUGAAACCCCACGAUCCGGCCACUGUGGAUGAGGUCCUGCGUCUGCUGGAUGAAGACCACACAGGGACUGUGGAGUUCAAGGAAUUCCUGGUCUUGGUGUUUAAAGUGGCCCAGGCCUGCUUCAAGACACUGAGCGAGAGUCCUGAGGGAGCCUGCGGCUCUCAAGGGUCUGGCAGCCUCCACCCUGGGGCCUCACAGGAGCUGGGGGAAGGACAGAGAAGUGGCACCGAAGUGGGAAGGGCAGGGAAAGGGCAGCGUUGUGAGGGAAGCAGCCAGGGACAGUGCGAGCAGGCUUCCAGAGGGCAGAACAGGCCUGGGGCUCAGACCCAGGGUCCAGCCACUGUCUCUGUGUGGGUCAGCAGCCAUGACAGGCAAGCUGAGUUCCAGAGCCAGGAGAGAACAAGCCCACAGACACAGCUCUGGGGGCACACACAGCAGAUCCAGGCAGUUGGUGAAGGCCAGAGUCUUCAGACCAGGGAGAUGAGGCCAGAGAGACAGCCACAGACCAGGGAACGAGACAGAGCCCGCCAGACAGGUGAGACUGUGACUGGAUCUGGAACUCAGACCCAAGCAGGUGCCACCCAGACUUUGGAUCAGGGCAGCAGCCACCAGACAGGAGGCACCAGCACCCAGACACAGGAGUCCACCAGUGGCCAGAACAGAGAGACUGAGACCCACGGUCAAGGCAGGAGCCAGACCAGCCAGGCUGUGACAGGAGGACACGCUCAGACACAGGCAGGGUCACACACCCAGACACCCACUCAGACCAUGGAGCAGGACAGCAGCCACCAGACAGGAAGCACCGGUACCCAGACACAGGAGACCACCAGUGGCCAGAACAGAGAGACUGAGACCCACGGUCAAGUCAGGAGCCAGACCAGCCAGGCUGUCACAGGAGGACAUGCUCAGACACAGGCAGGGUCACACACCCAGACUGUGGAGCAGGACAGAAGCCAAACUGUAAGUCACGGAGGAACUAGAGAACAGGGACAGACCCAGAUGGAGUCCGGCAGUGGCCAAAGAUAGACACCAGUGAGCAAGCCUGAGGCAGGAGAGACAGUACCGGAGGGACAGGCCCAGACUGGGGCAAGCACUGCAUCAGGAAGGCAGGACUGGAGCAGCCCUAGUGUGACAGAAAGGCAGGGAGACAGACAGCCCGCAGUGGUUGUUGAGGAAUGGGUUGAUGACCACUCAAGGGAGACAGCGAUCCUCAGGCCAGACCAUGGCAGCCUGCAUCCAAGUGUUUCCUCAGCACAGGGCCAGGAUGCAGCCCAGCCAGAAGAGAAGCAAGGCAUCACCGCUAGGGAGCUGUAUUCCUACUUGAGAAGCAACCAACCAUGACUCCCCCUGACUCCAAUGCCUAGUACUGGAAGAAGAUAGCUGGAGACAGGUUGGCUUGUCCUGCAUGGCCAGUCUAGUGGGUGCAUCCCCGGACAUCAGCUCUUUAUUAUGCAGCUUCUCUUUUAGGUCUUUCUCAAUGAGAUCAUUUCUGCAAGGAGCUUUCUAUCCUAAACUGCCCUCUCUUACCUGCUUUGCAGUGCAGACCCUCUCAGGAGCAGGAAGACAUGGAGCAAGUAACUUUUUUGUACUGAACUGUCUUAUCUUGUGGGGUUUUCAGAACUGUUUUUAUCUCUGACAUCUCUCUAUUGCCCCAUCUACCCUAAUGCAUCAAUAAAAUCUUAAGCAACUGG